GUUGCAGAAUCGGUCACUCUAAGGAAUAUUUUCUAGCGCAUGCGUCGUGAGUCGCAGGUUUCGCGCUUCUUGAACAAUUUGUAGUGCUGUGUUGUCGCUUUGCAACGGUCAAAAUAUUCGAAUUGUUCUUUGUGAAAGUUUUGUGUUCUUUGAGACUAUUAUUGUGAAUUACAUUUUUUAUUUCUUUGGUAAGUAAAUUCUUUCUUCUAAUUUGAUCAUUAUUGCAUUAUUAAUUAUUGCAUUAUUAAUUAAACUAUUUUACUUUACAGGUUAUAUUUCCGUGGUGUUUUUAAAACAAUAUAUUUUCCUUAUUCUUCUGGUAAUUACAUUCUUAAUUUAUUGAUUGGUAUGCUCAUUUAAUAUAUUUUACUUUACAGAUUAUUUCCAUUAUUAACAGAUUAUUAACAUUAUAUUUGUACUCCUUUGAUUAUUUGGGUGCUAUAUUUUUAUAAUAUUACAUUUAUAUUAUUAUUAUAUUUAUAAUUUUUGAGUUAGUUUAGUGCAAUAGACUAUGGCUGUUCAGAGAAGGUCAAAGGCUCCUACUAGUAUUGUUGUGGAUAAUGUAGUUGAUAUAGAUUUGAAUGAAUCGUACAAUUUGGCUGGAUUAAGUUUUGGCAAUCCAUUGCUAGCAAUACAGUGGUGUGUUAGACGCGGAAUACUUAAGAAUAGGAGUAUAUGUGCCAACUGCAAUCAAGCCAUGUCAUUCAUAAAAAAAAAGUGUACAGAUGGAUACAUAUGGCGUUGCAAAGGGUGUGGAAAAUCAUCAUCAAUUAGGAGCGGAUCAUUUUUUUCCAACAGCAACUUAUCUGUAGAAAAAAUGUUAAAAAUAAUUUAUUGUUGGGCGUUUGAUAUGCCACAUGAAGUGGUUAAACGAGAAGUGGGGCUAGGGAUGGCGGCUACCCACACAAUGGUAGACUGGUCUAUGUUCUGUCGGGAACUCUGCGAGCAACACCUGGUAGGAAAUCCUGAGGUUUUAGGUGGAUGGGAUGAAGACGCUCAAGAGCCUAAGAUAGUAGAAAUCGAUGAAUCGAAAUUUUUUCAUCGAAAAUAUCAUCGUGGACGGUGGUUGCCUGGUGCAUGGGUUUUCGGUGGUAUUGAGCGUGGCUCUGGGCGUUGCUUCUUGGUGGAAGUUCCUGACAGAACUGCAGAAACCUUAUCUGCUAUAAUUCAAAGGUUGGUUGGAGAGGCGUAUUUAGGAAAGUAGAAGCAUGUAUUUGAUGGAUGCUAGGUAAAAAAUAUUUUUGAACUGUUAGAAUUUAGUAGAAAUUGUGCAUGUUAUUUUAGAAAGUAAGAGCAUGUACAUGUUAGAAAUAAUAUUUACAUUUUUUCCAGAAUUUCGAAUUGAGUUAUUUUUUUUUUGUUUAUAAGUAUAAAAAUAUAACUUUAUUUAAUGGAAUAGGUACAUCUUACCAGGAACAAUAAUUAUGUCCGAUGGGUGGAGGGCAUAUGAAAAUAUCAAUCAAAUUGGCGGAGGAAUAUAUCACCAUGAAGUGAUUAUUCACGAACAUAAUUUUGUGAACACUGAAAACCGUGCAAUUCACACGCAGAAUGUGGAAAAUAUGUGGAUGAGGGCGAAAAGGAAACUCCGCCGCCAAUUUGGUACCUCACAAAACUUAUUUCCAUCGUACCUCCACGAGUUUAUUUGGAGGAACAAAUUUAAAAAUUAUAACUUGUUUAUGAGUACAAUAAUGUGUAUU